CUAUGGCAAUAGUUAACCUAUAAGUUAUCUAAAUUUUUGAUAAACAUGGACAUGAAUCUGUUUAAUUUUAAUUUAUUCUCCCUGUUGCGUAGGUAGUUGUUUGUAAAGAUGCGACACAUUUAAUCAGUACAAGUAGAGGGUUUAAAAGUAAACAUUCUGUUAUUUUAGUGUUUUAAUUUUUAUUUUUUUAAAUUGACAAUAUUAUCUAAAGCAUAAUUUUACUAGUGUUACAUAAUAAAUUGUAAGAAUUGCGUUUUAAAAUACUCAUUUUGUUUAAUAUCGCUCAUUUAUCUUCAAUCUCAAUUAUUGCACAAGUUGAAAAAGUACAAAAUGUCUAUUAUAUACCAAAAGUCGAUGGCAGCUCUAGAUAAAGUGGUGCCAAAAUCUAUUCAACCCUUUUGGAAUCAUCCUGCAGGUCCUAAAACAAUUUUCUUUUGGGCCCCAGUAUUCAAGUGGGGACUAGUUAUUGCUGGUCUAAAUGAUCUCAGAAGACCUGCUGAUAAGUUGAGCAUCAGUCAAUCAUCUGCUCUACUUGCAACUGGGCUAAUUUGGUCACGUUAUUCUCUUGUAAUAAUACCAAAAAAUUGGAGUCUCUUUAGUGUCAACGUGUUUGUAGCUGGUACCCAAUUAUACCAAGUAAUUAGAGCCGUUAGGUAUCAACAAGAACUCAGAUCAAAAGCAGCUGCUCAAUCUGCUGUAGACAAUAAGUAAUUAUGAAACAAUUUAUUUUUCUGAUAACUGUAAAUAAAAUGGUUUAAACUUUUGGUUGAUGAAAAAA